AUGGAUGCCCAGGUGAGUGACGCUCUGUCUCGCCAACUGCCCUACAGUGCCAUUAGGACCGCGUCCGCCGAGGGGGGGUCCAAAAAAGCGUCGUCACUCCUCCACUUAAACAUACGAGCCGAGUGGCUCAUCCUUUUCUCACACCCCCAUCGCCCUGUUCCACCCGAACCACACCAAAGCUCCACGCCCCGCUCACCCUGCCUGCUGCCAACUCUACUUACUGCACCGUGCCUUGCUGCUGUAUUACUGAGGUACCAAGUUGUGAGUACGUUCGCGCUUCGACCCCUCCACCGAGCACACAAAGCCCCAAGUUUCCUGCCCUCCCACUGGUCUCUUGACCUUUCCCUGCCCCCACCACAUCCCUCACCACCACUACCACCACCAAAUAUCCUCUCGACCUGCCGUGAGCGGGCAUACCAACUUUUUGAGUCACCCCAUAUUUCACCGUCACCGUCACCACCACCGACACCCCGCCUGCCUGCCUGCCUGCCUGCCUGCCUCUGCUUCCCCUGCGUACGGCUCUCCUCCUUCCUCGGCGCUCUCCUCUUCCUCCCAGUCGGCCCAUUUCCCUCGCUGACCGCUUUCCCUCCCGCCCAGCAGGAACAGGUGCCGGUCAGACGAAAGUCUCGCAAAUCCGUCGCCUUCACAGCCGAGCAAAUCGUUGUCGACGCAGACGGUUCAGUCACCAUGGUCAACGCCACCGAAGAGUCCAAGGAGACGGCUCAGUCGCACACGUCCCGUACGCAGCCGCUCUCCGCCGCCCUCGGCGACUUUGCUGAUUCCUCCCAAGUCGCCGCCCACGACGCGCCCCCUGCCGAGGAUGCUGGCCUGGACCUGUCGCUCAUGAAGAAGAAGAAGAAGCCCAAGAAGAAGACGGAGGAUGCCGAGGGCGCCGCCGACGACGACGAUGCUGCCCAGGCCGAGGAUGGCGGCCUCGACCUCAGCAUGAAGAAGAAGAAGAAGAAGAAGGCCAAGGAGGUCGGCGAAGCCGACGAUGACUUCACGGCGAAGCUGAAGCAGCUCGAGGUCCAGGACGCCGACGAGACGCCCGAGGUUGAGCAGGAGGCGGAGGGGGAUAUGGACGCCGGCACCGGAAUCUGGCAGCACGACGAGACGCGCGCUCUCGGCUACACCCUCCUGCUCCAGCGCUUCUUCAGCCAGCUGUCGCAGAAGAACCCGGAUCACUCCCUCAGCGGAACCAAGAGCUACAAGAUCCCCCCACCCCAGUGCAUGCGCGAAGGCAACAGGAAGACCGUCUUCGCCAACAUUGCCGACAUCUGCAAGCGCAUGAAGCGUACCGAGGAGCAUCUUACCGCCUACCUCUUUGCCGAGCUGGGUACCAACGGUUCCGUCGACGGAAGCAGGAGAUUGGUUAUCAAGGGUCGCUUCCAGCAGAAGCAGAUCGAAAACAUGGUCAGGAAAUACAUCAUCGAGUAUGUCACUUGCAAGACUUGCAAGUCCCCCGAUACCGAGCUUAGCAAGGGUGAGAACCGUCUGUACUUCAUCACCUGCAACAACUGUGGAUCGCGACGAAGUGUCACCGCCAUCAAGACUGGUUUCUCGGCCCAGGUCGGCAAGAGAAAGAAGAUGAAGGUCUAA